UUUCAAGACAACCAGCGACCCCGCUUUGUAUAACUAUAAGUACCCCUCGUCCCCUUGUCACAGGGCGUGCUUGCAGUAUCAGAUAUAUCGUCAAUAAUACUUCAGUUCAACAUGGGCGACGCCUCUCUCCCCAAGCCGAGUAUCCUCCUCGCCUUCUCCCUGGAAUUCCCCGCUUCGUUCUAUGACGAACUUCGGAAGAGGUUUCCGGAUGCAGAGAUCACUUCGGUAACUCUCGAGCCUGGAGUUCGCAUUCCAUCAGAGAUUGCAAAAAAGGCGAGCAUCAUCGCCACAUUUAACAACCUCCCCAACCUCGAAGACGCCAAGCACAUCAAAUUCAUCCACAUUUCCUCCGCUGGUCUAGACAAGGUCAUCCACGAUCCCAUCUUGACCGAAUCCGACGUCCCUGUAACGACGAGCUCCGGUAUCCACGGGCCUCCAAUCGCAGAAUGGACGCUGUUGAGCUGGCUCGUGGCGUCGCGCAAGUUCAGCCAAACCUACGAAGACCAGAAGAAGCAUGUAUGGGGGUCGCAUGACCAGUACGUCCCCGGUAUACAGGAUCACGUUGGGAAGAAGAUUGGAAUUCUUGGAUACGGGAGUAUCGGGCGGCAGAUCGCCCGCGUCUCCGUCGCCCUCGGCGCAACCGUCCACGCCUUCACCGCAACCCCCAAACCAACGCCGGCUUCGCGCCGCGACCCGCACUACUUCGUCCCGGGCACGGGCGACCCCGAGGGAACCCUCCCAGCCUCGUGGCACCACGGCAUCGACAAAGCCUCCUUGCACAGCUUCCUCUCCCUCGGCCUCGACCACGUCGUCGUCUCCCUCCCUCUAACCCCACAGACAACACACCUCCUCGGCGCCGAGGAAUUCGCCGUCCUCGCCGCACAUAGACCGGCGGGGCGCAGCCGAAACCCGUUUCUCACCAACAUCUCGCGCGGCAAGGUCAUUGAUCAAGAUGCGCUCGUUGCGGCACUCGAGAAGGGCGAGUUGAGUGGGGCUGCACUGGACGUUACGGAUCCGGAGCCGUUGCCCGCGGAUCAUCCGUUGUGGGAUGCACCGAAUGUGCAGAUUAGUCCGCAUAUUAGUGGGAUCGGUGAGGAGUAUUGGUUGCGCUCGUUUGAUAUUCUUAGGGUGAAUUUGGAUCGGAGUAGACGCGGGGAGCCGUUGGUUAAUGCGUACAAGAGGGGGAGGGGGUAUUAGAGGUAUGUAAGGAGUAGAAAGGGGUAGUGAGUAUAUGUAG